AUGGAAAAUCUGCGGCUACUUGUGAUCCGUCAUACUACAGCUUGCAGUUUCAUUUUGCCUGAGGACGGGUUGAGAUGUCUACCUGAUACACUGAGAGUUCUUGAUUGGGAUCAUUUCGGUACAGAAUGUUUGCCACCCCGAUUUUCUUGCGAGAACCUUGUUAUACUUCGUCUGUAUUCCAGCAAACUUGAGCGACUUUGGGAUGAUGAAGCUAAUGUGGAGUUGGGGAAUUUGAAAUCCCUUGGUCUUAGCAGAUCUGAGUGCCUCAGAAAGUUGCCUAAUCUCUCUACGGCUCUGAGACUCGAGGAAAUUUAUCUUGAGUACUGUGUCAGCUUAGUUGAGCUUCCCACAUCAAUUCUGGAUCUGCCCAAGUUGAAAACUCUGGAUGUAAGUUUCUGCAGGAGCCUAGACUUGAAUAACUUGGAAUACUAUGCCGAUGAUGGCGGAGAACAGAGUGGGCAACAUGAUCAAGUCAUAUUUCCCAGCCUGAAAAAAUUGAUCGUAAGUUGGACCCCAAUCCAGAACAUUCCUAAUUUCAUUACUCGCUCUCAUAUUUUGAAACUGGAUUGUGGAUCCUGCAAGCUGGAUAAAUUUCCAGUCAUCCCAAGCCUGGAGUCCUUAAAGGCGGGCUCUUGUGGCUUCGAAGAGGUGAUUGAGUUGGGCAAGUUGACCAAGUUGAAGCGGCUGGAUUUGAGCUACAACUAUCACCUCAUCCAUCUCUCGGCUGAAUUUUAUAAGUUGGAAGCUCUUGAAGAAAUUGAUCUGUCUUAUUGCGACAGCCUGGAGGAAUUUCCAGAGAUCUUGGAGGCUAUGGAAGCUGUUGAAGUGCUUAACUUAAGUGGAUGCAACAGUCUAUCAAAUCUUCCCAACAGCAUUGCUAAUCUAGUACAUUUGGGUAGUCUUGAUCUAAGUUACACAGACAUCAGAGAGCUGCCGCUAUCCAUUGUUGAUCUCACGCAGUUGACCAUAUUGCGCCUCAACAAUUGCCUAUGUCUUACAAGCCUUCCCGACACCAUGAACCAAUUAUAUUGCUUACGUACUCUCGAGCUAAUUAGAUGCUAUGAACUGAAUCAUUUACCGGAACUUCCUCCAAUGUUAUACAAACUGACGGCACAAGGCUGCUUGUCACUUCAGUCCUUUUCAUUCGAGAAUCAGGACCUCAUGAUUGUAGAAUGGAACUUUGGGGACUGCCUUGACUUGGAUGGAGAAGUAUGUAGUAAGCUUGUCGAUAAGUUCAUCCAGGCAUCAACUCGAAGCGCCAAUGGUGCGAAACUGAUACUCCCGCCAACAAUGGAUAGCAGUAGUGGUGAUGGGGAAGGAAAUCUGGUGACGACAGAGUUGCGGGGACAACCAUGGGAGUUGAAGUUGAAACUUCAGAGACGAUUUGGGGAUUUAGGUCAAAAAAGGGGAAGACGACUGCUCGACUGA